AUGGCGUCUUCUUCACGUCGACUACAAAAGGAAUUGGUAGAUAUUCAAUUAUCAGAUUCAAGGACAUUUUGCUGCAUUGAAUUUGACCAGGAUAAUUUGCUCCAUUGGACAGGUCUUCUUUUGCCCGAUAAAGAACCAUACAACAAGGGUGCAUUUAAAAUAGCCAUAGAUUUUCCAGUAGAAUAUCCAUUUAAACCUCCAAAAAUUACCUUUUUGACGAAAAUCUAUCACCCAAAUGUUGACGAGAAAGGACAAGUAUGUCUUCCGCUUAUAUCACCUGACAACUGGAAACCUACUACCAAGACUGAGCAGGUAAUGAGUGCAUUACUUGGUUUGAUCACGGAACCAGAGCCAGACCAUCCUUUGCGAGCAGAUAUAGCAGAAGAAUUUACAAAAGACAGAAAGAAGUUUAACAAGGCAGCAGAAGACUAUACGAAAAAAUAUGGUAUGAAGCGACCGGAUGGUUACAUUUUCUCAAGAAAAAGGAGAAUGCAGGAAGAUAAUGUGAUGACUGUUUUGGUUACUGGUGGUACUGGUCUUUUGGGACGUGCUCUUCAGCAGAUUGUUACAACUGAAGAAGCUCGAUCAAAUGAAAAAUGGAUAUUUGUAGGGCAACAAGAUUGUGAUCUAAUGGAUCGUGAAGCUACACGUCUUCUUUUUAGCAAACAUCGACCUUCUCAUGUAGUUCACCUAGCAGCUUUAGUUGGAGGUCUUUAUCACAAUCUUCGUUGUAAUUUGCAAUUCUUUCUAAAAAAUAUGGUAAUUUUUGUGUUGUAUUUUUAUGUUGAAAAUGCUCAUGUGUUUGAGUACAGUGAGUUUUUAGAUUCAUUCAAGCCAAAGAAAUACACGUCAGUAAUACCAUGUAAUGUGUUUGGACCUUAUGACAACUAUAAUCUUCAAAAUGGACAUGUUCUUCCUGCUUUGAUUCACAAAACCUAUAUUGCUAAACGUGAUAAAGCACCGUUAGAAAUAUUUGGAAGCGGAAAACCUUUGCGACAAUUCAUUUAUUCUUUAGAUUUGGCUCGACUGUUUGUGUGGGUUGUUCGAUCAUACGAGGAAAUCGAUCCUAUAAUAUUAUCCGUCGGAGAGAACGAUGAAAUAUCAAUUUUGGAAGCGGUCCGUUGCAUUAUUGAUGCCUUCAAAUUUAAAGGUGAAGUAUUGCAAGAUAAAACUAAAGCAGAUGGACAAUAUAGGAAAACUGCAUCAAAUGCCAAAAUGCGCAAAUAUUUGCCACAUUUCAAGUUUACACCAUUCGAAGUAGCAAUAAAAGAAUCUGUUGACUGGUUUAUAGCAAAUUACGAUAUUGCUCGAAAAUGA